AUGUGGGCCGCCUCCCGUGCAUGGCGACGGCUAAAUAAUACGAUUGCCAUUCUUUCCACACAUCAUCCCAUCACUACAACAGUGAGAUGCAUAAACUCCAUUACUGCAGAUAAUACUCCUAUUGUGAAGAGUGAUAAUAAUAAUAAUAAUAGUGAUAAUGAUGAUAAUAAUAAUGUGAGUGAAGGGCGAACACGUGCGGAAAUGCAGCAGCACUCAACACGUCUCCUUCGACGACUUGUAUGGCGAGCAAAAGAGGCACUACUCACAUCUACGAUAUCCACAAACACUUCUACUUCUACUAUUAUGAAAAAAGGAACAGAGAAGAGAAUAGGGAGAUUAAAGAAAUCAUCCAAUCGAGUUGUCUAUCCUCGUAUUACAAAUGUGGAUGAAACUGGAUUAUUUGAUGUGGAAUGGAAUGAGGGGAAUUUACAAUCUACACAAACUUCACGCAAACGUUCAUCCAUGAAUACUAUUCCCACAACUGUACCAACAACUUUAUUAAAGUCUCCCUUAUCACCAGAUGCGGCUAUGAUGAUAUUGUGUAAACUACUUGCCGUCACGUUGAAGGGACGAAGAAAUGGAGUGGUGGGGGAAUUUUUCUCACAAGAUAUAUCAAACAUUCGAUUGCCAUUGUAUGCUAAUGAAACAGCUGUGGCUCCAUUAAGUCGUCAACUUCGAUUUUGGGGAGAAUUACGAGAAUGGAAUGAACUCAUCGCCUGUGCAACUAUUACAUUUGAUCAAGUUAGUCAACACUACACAGAGGAAGAGGCACUACGGCGUGUUAUCUGUGAGUUCUUGAAUACAUUAGACACUCUCUCUCUCCCUACAGAGAUAAGAGGAACAGCAGUAAAAGGAAAACGACAUUAUAAAGAUAAUUAUAUACAUGAAGAGAAAACAGGGACAUCAUCUCAACAAGAUACAUUACCGAAUACACUCUGGCGAGUAUCUAUGUUGUGUCGAUUGAUGGAAGGAAUAAUGCUGCAGGCACAAUCAUCAUCAUUAUUAUUAUCAUCAUCAUCGUCCUCUUCUUCUUCUUCUUCUAUGCCGAUGAACUCCUCCACUGAAGGACAUUCUUCUGUAAAGAAGAAAACAAAACCUAACGAAAAGGAGGAAAUGGAAAAUCAUCAUCAUCAUCAUGAUAAUAAUAAUAAAUCUAUUCGAUUGCAGAGGGUUGUGUAUUGUAUGAUCUCUGAAAUAGAAAAACGUGUAUUUACAGUUCGUGAUACAAAUGGAUAUAUAGAACCAUUAGAAGGUUUGGAAGCACUUUUUAUUAAGGCAUUUCAUCUCUGUUCUGGACAGGAACAUCAUGGGAAUAAACAACAUACCCUCACAUUCAAAGGGGCAUUAGGUGAUGCUCUUCUCUCCUGUUGUGCAGCCUAUUGUAAAAUCAUUCCUAUUUAUCUAACUACUACUACUACUACAUCUACGCAAAGGGAAUUGGGCCAAACAACAACGCAUAAAGAAAAUUGUACAGUGAAGAUGAUUCGUACGAUUCGUCAUUGUUGGUUGCGACAAAAAAGAAUUGUACCUCAUCACGGCAUUCGACUUGCCUUUUGGUGGCUGCGACUCGUACCUGUUUUACUAGAAACCUUAUUUGACACCAUCACACACUUGAGUGGUACUUCACACCCUAAUGGAGUCCGAACCAUUAAUGAUAAUAAUAAUAAUAGUAAUAGUAAUAACCCACAAUUGGAGUUAGUGCAGACAGAACUUAUUGCUACUAUUAGUGCUAUGCUCUACUUUGAUGAGAAUGCGUAUGAGGAACGUAAAGCCAUUCUUUCCGUUCAACAUGAGACGGGGAAUGAUACGAGUAAAACUGGAAAAGAUGAUGCCAAUAGUAGUAAUGAUAAGGAUAGUGAUGGAGGUAUUAGUAAUAAUAAUAAUAAUAAUAAUAAUAAUAAUAUGGAUGAUGGACGCUUUAAUAGACCUCGUAGUGGUCGUUCCAUGUUUAAAAAAGGUGAUGAAGAUGGUGUAUUGUUAUCAAAUCCCACAGAAACAACCCGAAAAUCUUCUCGAUUUUCAUCACGGAGAUUAUGGGAAGAUGGUAUCGUCUCAUCAGAACACCUUGGCAAUACAGAUAAUAGUAAUAAUAAUGAUAAUAGUCAUAAUACUAAUACUAAUAAGGGUGGAAUGACUAUAGAAACCUCUGAGAAUAGUCCCUUGUUUGAUAUUAUUGUAGCUUCAAAGGAUGCCGUUAUCCAACUUUCGGAUUCUCAUUCUGUAGAUUUACAACACCGUACGUGUGCUUUAGAAAAUACCUGGUUAUCCUUACUCAUUGCAUAUCGUCGUGUACAAGAAAUAAAUACAAAACGACCAGAUGGAGGAGUUAAAAUGGGUAAAAGUAUAUAUGAGUUUAAAUCCCAAGAAUCAUCCGAAUUGGUUUUACCACUCUUUGUUACUGUGAGUUUACGACUCUUUGCGGCUACCUUCGCUGCUGCUGUUCAACGUGUAUAUGAGUUAGCGGAUCCAUUAUUUACUCGAGAUGUGAAUAUCAGGCGAGCUGUGGGUCUCACUAUAGUGGCAGGCACACAAGAAACACUAUUGCGAAAUCAUUACUACACCGAUGCUCUUGCGAGUAACUGGUGGUUACGCAGUGGAGCCCCACUUCUCCUACAAUAUCCUUCACAACAACAGCAUCUCAUACAAUUAGUUUCCCCAUUUCAUGCUAUAUUAGAAGAGAAUCUUGUUAAUUUAUUGGUACAACGGGCACGUUGUAGUGGGAAUAGUGAUUGGUUAAAACAUUCUACAGAAACGGCAUUGAAAUGUCUUUCGCAUGCUUUUUAUCUUUCUCCACUUGUAAAACAAUGGACAUGUGCAUUAGUGCUUUCUAAUAUUCGUGCAGCUACCAAUUUAGUACGGACAACUAGUGGUAGUGGUAGUCAAGAUACAUCCCGAACAAUGAUGCGAGAGUGGGUAUUAGGUGUCUUUUCAUCUUUUCUCACAACACUUACGGGAGAUGCAGAACUUCUUCUUUUAAAUGGAUAUGCCGGAUUUAUUGAUGCUCUCUUUGAAAUGCACCUUAGACUUGGUACAGAUCAGGAAGAGAUGAUGCGGUUUGGUGAUCAGUAUUUAUUAAAACUUUGUCUUCCUGCUAUACUGGGAAGUCUUGCAAAGAGUGCAGAUGAGGAUGAUGCGGAAACACACUCGGCAACAUGUGAAUCAGCUCUUUUUAUUCUUGCAGAAUUGUCAAGAUUUGCUUCCUGGCCAAAUGUAAGAUUAGAAACUGUACUUCGCAGUGAUGCGAAUGAUCUUCUUAUUCGUACGGCUGUUUAUUGUCUUCGACAUGCAAGGCGAGGAGGUGGAAAGCGUGCGAGUGGAUAUGGUUUACCCGCCGCGCAGUUACCUACAGAUAAAAGUACAAUCACAGAUAUUAUUAUGAAUAGUAAUAGUAAUGGUAGUAGUAGUAGUAAUACCAUUACGUAUUUGUUAACAAGAGGAAAUCGGGCUUCCUAUUUACAAAUACUCGAUCUUAGUAAUCGUCUUUUACCCUUUUCACGUGUCCAAUCAUUAUAUAGUGGACGUGAGAAUAGUUGUAUGACGGCUUUACAACAUUACUUGCAGGGUUUACAUCGUGUACCGUGUACUUCUUAUGUUCCUUCGUCUUCUUUAUCCCCUUCAUCCUCUUCUUCUGUCAGUAUUGAAAAACAACUGGUGGAAGAGUCUGUGAAGUGUUUAACUUUCAUGGCAAGUACUUCUAUUAGUGCUCAUGUUCUUGGUUAUCUUGUUCGUUUUAUGGAACACUAUUUACGUGAACAGGAACGACUUUCACGUACACCAUUAGAUCCCACUCCAUCUCUUCAUCAUACUAUCACUAAUGGAAGUAUUGUAUGUCGAGAAAAAGCCAUGUCUUCACUUGCACGUGUAGAAGAAGCCCCAUUAGUGUUAUUAGAUUAUAUGGGAUAUCUUAGUUCUGCAGGGAGUUGGACUAUGGUAACAUGGGCUUUUAAUCUCGCAGAGACUUCUUUAAAGAUUAGACGUAAACGUCAAUUAGCGACCACCACAUCUGUAGAAGAAGUAGCUACAACAGCUAUUCUUUCUCAAUUACGUGCUCUCUCUGUUCCCAGCACACCGAGAUUACCGCAUAAUAUGUUAAGAAGUAUUCUCUGUCUCUCGGAUAUGAUGUCGGAUUCCACGCUUACACUGUUGGGAUUUGAUCGUGGUUCUCCUUUGCAGGGUUUACUUCGACACGCCACUCGUGGAGAGUACCGAACAAUGUUUUUUGCAAUGAAACAAGCAGUAGUGCUUUUACAACGGGCUUCUGUGAAAUACCGUGGAUCUACAUCUACACGUCGUAAGGAAAGUGAUGUGGAUAUGAAUGAAAAAGAUACAGAUAUGAUGGAAAUGGAACAGGGAGAAGAGUAUGGAAUGUAUUUUACAACACUAGCGGUAAAUCGUAGUCCUGAAGAAGAACGACAGUUGCGAAUGUUUCUUGAUUGUCUUGUUGUUUGUUUCGAUGCGGUGUUGGAUGCUAUUCGUUGCUGUGCACUUCAGCAAGAUGCCCUUGAUGAUGAACUUCGUGAUGUUCUCCUGUUAGCAUUACAAACACUCUCUCGUGUCUUGCAAGGAUGUAUACGGGCUAUUCUUCAUGUACCUAUUGAAUUACAAGAACAAUUUCAUGCUGAACGAGCUCAAAUGUUAUGGGUUAGUUUAUGUGUUACAGCCUUAUUAGGAAAAGUUGUGGCCGUUGAUUACAGACGUGUUUGUUUUACAGGAACAAUUAGACGAUCUACGGAAUCUCUUUUAGCUACUAUUGAUGAACUUGUAGAGAAGUGUAGUAAGACAUCUCAUAUCCAUAUGAAUAACAAGAAACAGCAGAAGCGGAAAAAGAAUAAUAAUAAUAAUAAUAAUAGUGAUAGUGGGGAAUCUAAAGAUAUAGUAGAGAGUACUGAAUCACCUUUACUGGAUACAUUAACUGAAAGUUUACAAUCUAUUUUACGAGAUCUUCAAGUUUCUCAUCGUCUCGCGAUACGAUUAGGCCUUGGAAUGCGACAACGUACAGAUAUCACCGCACUUCUCACAUCAUUGCGUACACUUGCGGUGGCCUCCGCGCGGUAUAAACCAGCAGGUUGUAUUAUCCACCGUGUCUGGCGAACCCUCUGUGAGGAAAUUGUACAAACAAAGAAGUCAAGAAGUCGAAAAGGGAAGAAAAGUACUUCCACAGCCAUUUCCCCUAAAUUACAUAUUCCAUCUAGAGAAGAAUUACGUCUUCUUUUAGAAUCUUUUCGUGAUUUAGAGAAUGAAUUGAGGGAAGUUGUGGCUUCACGAACCACACAAGGACGUCAUUCGGAUUGUGUAGUGGAAUGGACGUGUGAAUCUGCCGCCGUGGUGAUUGAAAAUGUUGUGGAGGAUCCAUCCUUAUUACAUGUAGAGCGUCCACGGCAGGAUUAUAAUAAUAAUAAUAAUAAUAAUAAUAAUAAUAAAAGUAAUAGUGAUGGCGAUGAACUCUCAGUAGAUGAUAAUGAUGAUGAUGUUGUUGUUGGAUCUUCUUCUUCUUCUUCGGCGGCGGCGGUGUCUAUUAUGGAUCCACACAGUACGAAUGGUAUGAUCGAUAUGGAGGCUGCAGUGUUAUUAGAAGAAGGAGAAGGAAAUGGUGUCAUUUCAAAUACAGAAGCAAUAGAAUUAUUAAUUCGACAAUGUCGUCGUGUACGGAUGUCUUCAGGAACAGGUGCUGUGGCCGAUACCGCCUCUGCCAUUCCACAAACAUCACGUAUCAUAUUAACACAUUUUAAUUGUCUUUCUAUUGUUUUUCAUCGAUGUACUUUACGAGAGAUUGUGGGGUUUCCUUCUUCUGAAGUAAUCUUUGCUAGUUUUGAUUCUCUCACGCAUUGGCGAUCACCUGUGCCUGUGGAGAAGCGCCGUAAACUCUGGGCACAUCUCACUUCCGAGUGGCGAAAGGAAUUCUUAGAACCCUAUCGUACACAAUUUGAUCAUCAACAACAGGAAUUACUACAGUUGGUCCAGCGACAACGAUCCUUAACACAGUUUGGAGAAAAAGAAACUACUACUAUUAAUAGUACUAAUAAUAAGAGAAUGAUGAUUAAUUAUGAAAAUGAAGAGACUGCAAAAUAUAUUAGUGCUCUCUUCUCUCUAGAAGAGAAUAUCAUGGCACAACUCGCCCGACAUAAUGCGGGAGUUGUACCAGAAGAUGUGGAACUUCCUUAUCAUGAUGAUAUCAACACUUUAAUAGUGAAAAGAAAAAGAGAAGGUAGUAAUACACAUACGAAGAAAUCACAAUCUCAUAAUAAUAAGGAAAAAGAAAAAGAAGAACAAUAUCCAGAACAACAAGUUCCAUUAGAUGUUCUUCUUACUAUUUUAGGUGAUCUUCCACGUGGAUUGCGUGAGGAACCAGAGUUGGAAGAGUUAGCUAGAACCAUUAUCACAUAUCUUGCACGGCAACAUGUUCUUCUACGUCCACGAUGUGAUGGAAAUGCUGUGAAUUUAAUUAAAUUUAUGCAAUUACCUCAACAUCAUGGACCACGUUUAUACCAACGACGUCGUCUUCCACUUACCUGCUCUAGUGCGACUCCUGUAAAAAAUUGGUUUUUAAGUUCAGAAGAUCGUCAAAGAGUUACAGCAGCUAUGAAAGCUGUAGGAAUAACAUCAGAUUCGGCUGAAGAAGCUUUAUUUGAAUAUAUGCGAUCCUCCUGUUUGUAUAUGCAUUUACUGGCAUUUGCAGUAAAUGUCUGUCAUCAUUUCCGUUUACUUGGAACUAUUAGUACUAGUAACAGUACUAAUACUACCACUUCUACUACUAAUAGUACUAAUACUAAUAAUAAUAAUAGUAGUAGUAGUACGAAUAGUAAUGGUAGUGGGAGAAGGCAUGGAAUGGAUGAUGAUAGUGGAGAGGGAUCCACCACGGUAUUUAGUGGUACAUUCAACAGACAUGGAGCCGAUGGACGUUUAACCGAACGACGUUUACUCGCCAAUGCCCGUCAAACAGAGGCAGAGAAUGUAAAUGCCAAUUUAUUAGAAAAUAUAUUAUUACAUUUCUUAAAUGUAACGUGUGCUAUGAUGGAUCACACAGACUUUAUUACUCAUCGGGCCAUUAGUAUCGCUAUUACACCAGGCUGUGAGGCGGAAAAGGCACAAAAGGCUAUUCACUAUGCAGAUGAAUUACGUAUGAUGAUUGCUGUUGUCGUGCAAGAUACACUACGGUUUUUACUGCGUAGUGCUCCACAUGGAUUUUCACUUGCACGUCGAGUGGUUCAUCGUAUUAUUGGUAGAUUCUCAUGUGAUGUGAUACCCAUACCAUCAUCAUCAUCACAGAGUAGUAACAUCAAUGAUACUAAUAAUGAUAAUAACAGUAUGGAUCCUACUACGGCUGGUAAUAAUAGUAGUAAUAGUAGUAGUAGUUAUCAUAGCAAUAACAAGCAUCAAAAUAUGGCUUCUAUCCUAACAUCUGUUAAUACUAUGGCAUUAGAAGAAUGGCAAUCUAAACGACCGGAACUCUUUCUCCGCUCGCCUACACUUCUUGCCGUUCUUUCACCAUCAUUCUUCAAUGAAGUUCUUUCUCAACAUAUUCGUAGUGCAUUGGGAGUCACCGUCACACAAGUUGUGGCUUCUCUUCAUUUCUACUUGCGAAGGCCGGAUGCUCAUUUGGCUCCUUUAAUGUCUGCAACUGCAGGGAUUUUAUCUAAUACAUAUACCCGUAAUGCCGCUAUGCGUCUCUUUUGUGAAGAGUUGUGUGAACAAAUUGUUGGACGUGAUAGUUUCCAUGAUGCUCUUGCCCCACCAACUGUUGCUUCUAUUCAACGAGGAGCUGCUGGAUCUGUACCGAAUGAAGUUCUUAUUCCUUUUCUCGCCGCACUUUGCCGUGAGGAUGUGUUUGUGAAGAAGAAUGCCUUGGCGAUUGUUCUCUACCGUAGUAUGAGUCUUCGCCCGGAUGUGUUUGGACAACCACCAACAGAAGAUCGCUUCUCUAAACUCGCACUUGCCAGAAGAAACAAUAGUGGUAUUAAUAGUAAUAAUAAUAGUGGAUCUACACUAGUUUCAAAUACGAAUACUACUAUUAAUACUACGGGUGGUACUAUUGUGAGUGGUAGUGAAAGUUCAGUAAAGCGUCGGUUGAGUUUAGGUGUUUCCUCUACAGAUGUGGUACUGGAAAGCCCCUUAACAUCUGAUACUAGUACGAUCAACACAACAAUGGGAGAUCAUACAUUAGAUGAUGAUAAUGAUAAUGAUAAUGAUAUCUUAUCUUCAGCUGUAGGUGAGGAAGAACAAGGUGAUGUGGAUGCCCUCACCCGCUUUAAGGCUGAUCAAGCAGAUCAAACAGCAUCUCUCACUCACAAACGUGCUUUAACGGCAUUGAGUCUCACAUUAGCAGAAGUGAUGGAAACAGCAAUGCAUUUUGCUUUCAUGCGGCAGUUAACAUUAGAAGAAUAUAAAAAAGCCACGGCGAUGAUACGCGCUGCGGAUGAUGCUCGACAUGAGAGAGUUGCCGCCUUUCGAAGUUCCGCUCCCGUCAUAACACGUUCCUUAACAGGUUGUGAUGUAUACACUUCUGAUGAUAGUGGUGUAAAUACUUCAUCUACCAGUAAUAAUAAUAGUGAUAAUAAUAAUAAUAAUAAUAAUAAUAAUAAUAAUAAUAAUAAUAAUAAGGCUAUAAGUACUACAACCAUAUCAUCAACAUCAUCAUCAACAACAACAGGAGUAGUAGCAGCAGCUGGUCAUCCCGAUGCGGCACUUCAUAUUGAAGAUCCAAUGCAUUUUGGAGUUGUGAUGCUUCACAUUCGUUUUGCUCUUCGAAAGAUCAUUCAUGCCUCUAUGCGGCGUCUCGCCCCGCAACAAGGACCAAAGACAUUAUCAAUGAUGAUUGAAAUGCUGCGUGAGAUGGAUCCAAAGUGGCAUUCAGGCCCUAAUAAUGAACACCGACAUCAAUCCGAUACAAUGCUGGCAGGAACUUUACGAGUACUGGUGGCUCGAUCGGUGGUUUGUGUGGAUCUUGCGGGUGGGGCCGGUGAUGAGAUUGGGGGCGGGGCCGGGGGAAUUGCCAUGAGUGCAUCUGGACUCCAACGAACAGAGAGAGCACUCUUUUUAGUGCAACGGUGGAAACCAAAACAUCAUCAUCAUCAUAGUAAUAAUAAUAAUAACAAUAAUAAUAAUAGUAAUAAUAAUAGUAAUAUUAAUAAUAAUAAUACUGGUAACAAGAAGAAGCACAACACGAGUUGGGGUGGUGGUAAUGACAAUAGUAGAGUCGGAUACAACAGAGGGAGAAGCAGAGGAGGUAAUGAUUACAAGACUGGCAACAACAGCAACCGCAGCAGCAGUGGUAGUAAUAAUAGUAAUAAUAAUAAUAAUAAUAAUAAUAAUAAUAACAAUAGAAGCAGCAGAAGCUCUAAUCACAAUUGGGGUGGUGGUGGAGUUCUCUCUUCUAGCACUCAAAGAUCUUCUGGACGGGGCACACAAAUGCCGUUUAAGAGAUAA